AAUACGCCAUAUUGAAUCCCUGUAGGAUUCGGCUUAGGUUUUAUUCACUUAGCGGUGCACGGGAGGCACUUUUUAAUGCACUGAUUUUAUCUUAGUACGUCGCUUUCCGCUCUCCCCGGAAAGCACGGCGGCGUUGGAAAGGUCCAGAAGCGGCACCGAACCAGGACGGCUCCUCUGCUCGUAGUUGGAGACUUGUUGGGGGGUUAUCGGAGAGAUAAGUUGAAUGGAUCCGAGGGUAGCCUGGAUUCAGCCCGAACAGAAGGGACCUGCGAACGCGAUAUGGAUGCACGUCUGGGAGACCUCUCAGGGAGUUCGGAUACCCUCGUCCCAGCAGCGGAACCUCCUCAACCAGAGCCAACGUCAAUGCUCAAAUCACGCCGCGCUUGAUGUUUCAAAAAAUGUAGUGACCGCGGUCGCGACGAGCAAGAGCGGCCAUAGCAUCACGAACGGAAGCGCCAUCUCCUCGCUCGGGGGAACGCUACCUAACCCACACGGUUCGGCGCAGGCGGCCGAGAAACCUCUUCUUCGGAAGACGACAUUCGUGUCUUCCUCACGGGAUUCCACGAUAGACGGCACCGCUCUGAGUUGCCCUCCGGGGGGGACUGUGACUGGGAAUGUAACGGGCAAUGAAAACACAGAGGCUGCCUCACUACUCUAUAACUUGAGAGACAGUAUGGAGAAUAAUCUCAACCUUCACCACCAUCACCAACACCCCCAUCAUCGCCGUCACCCGCAGGAGCAGCCGCUUUCCAAUUUUCAGCAGAUAUAUGCGGUCCACUCAGCCGUCCCUUCUAUUCACAGAUACAGUCACCACCCGGGCCGGAGAAAAAGUGACAAUAAGGCGAGCACAUAUGGAAUCAAUUACUUGAAUUCUAACUACAACUCUGUGAGCACUUGGACGCCCUGGAAGAUGAGGAAGUACCACCACGGUGUCAUCGGACUCCACAGAGAGGUGAUAGAUUUCUACAACUUCAUGUCUCCCCGGCCAGAAGAAGCAGCAAUGAGGAAGGAGGUUGUGAGCCGAAUAGAGGGGAUCAUUAAGGAACUGUGGCCCUCGGCUGAUGUUCAGAUAUUUGGCAGCUUCAGUACUGGAUUGUACCUCCCAACCAGUGACAUUGACCUCGUGGUGUUUGGGAAGUGGGAGCGCCCCCCUCUGCCAGAUCUGGAACAAGCACUUCUCAAGCAUAAAGUGGCGGAACCCUUCUCCAUCAAAGUGCUGGACAAAGCUACAGUGCCAAUCAUCAAACUAACAGACCAGGAGACAGAGGUGAAGGUGGACAUCAGUUUCAACGUUGAAACUGGGGUCAAGGCUGCAUGUCUAAUAAAAGAUUAUGUCAAGAAGUACCCGGUGCUGCCCUACCUGAUCUUUGUGCUGAAGCAGUUUCUGCUGCAAAGGGAUCUCAAUGAAGUCUUCACUGGAGGAAUCAGUUCAUACAGCCUCAUCCUCAUGGUCAUCAGCUUCCUACAGCUCCAUCCACGCAUUGAUGCUACCAACCCUAAUGAGAACCUUGGCGUCCUGCUGAUCGAGUUCUUUGAACUGUAUGGUCGUCACUUUAACUACUUGAAAACCGGGAUCCGCAUCAAGGAAGGCGGAGCAUAUGUGGCCAAAGAGGAGAUCAUGAAGACCAUGACCAACGGUUACAGGCCAUCAUCGCUGUGCAUAGAGGAUCCACUCAUCCCAGGGAAUGACGUUGGCCGGGGGUCUUAUGGUGCCAUGCACGUCAAGCAGGUGUUCGACUAUGCUUAUAUCAUCCUGAGUCAAGCCGUCUCUCCACUGGCACGCUUGUACCCCAACAAAGACUGUGAAAGCACCCUCAGCAGGAUCAUUCGACUGACCCAGCAAGUGAUCGACUACCGGGAGUGGAUCAUCAGAAAGUGGGGGUUCAGGGAUCAGGGGCCAACGGAUAACAGAGUUGCACUUUCCGCUGAGCGAGUCCUGGCUCUGAAACACAGCUGUGAGUUUGAUAACGGCGUCACAUCAGAGGAGCAGCAGAGGGAUUCUGCGUCACCCCACAGUGCUGACUCACCCAUGUCCAUCGCUAGUCCUCAGCAGCACUCCUCUGCCUCCUCUGUCUCUUCACUGUCUGGAUCUGACAAUGACUCUGACACCGCGCUGCCGUGUCCAGUACCUCCCGCAGCUCUCCCUCCGUACCCGCCUUUCCCACACCUGGGCAUGACUCUGCCACCGAGACUCAACGUGGGUUCAGGAAAGCCUGGGAUGGGACACCAUAUGGUUCUGCCCCCUGGCUCUCAGACUCGUGUCUCACUGCCCAGUGCCUUCACAGUGCACUCCAUACCUGGCAGACAGGUGUGUAUGAACACCAGGCUCCCUCCCUUCUACCCCAUGCACCCCCAUGCCCAAGCUCACAUACCACCCCCAUCCAGCCCUGAGCCUCCACUCAGUCCCCAAAGCUGUCAUAACAACCAGAACGCAGCCAAGUUCAUCGUCAAGAGCUUCCACAACCCUCCUAUGGUCAACAUUCCCAUGGUGGCCAACCGCUCACAAACUCACACUUACCCUCAGCAUCACCGAAACACGUGGCGACACCGGAAGAGGGAGGCCCUGCCAGUCAGUCUCAUCAGAUAAAACCCACUCUACCAUGGAGCUGUGAAUCCUGGACCAGCAGACUGGAGGACUCGGAGACGAUGAAGAUGGAGUUCCUUCCUCCUCCUCCUCGCAUUGCUUUUCAGCUUCUGCAUGACUUUGGUUCACCCUUGGUAUUAUUUCAAGUCCGACCUCCUAUUUUGUUUCACUUUGGUGCUUGACCUCAUCUUGACCUUCACAGCCAAGCUGCCUGGGGUUAACUUAAUGUCACACUUUAUUAUUAUUAUUUUUUAAAUUGUGCAAUAUUUUUCUUCAUCUCCUUUUUUGUCAGUAAGUGGUUUAAUUUAAUUGCGUGUGAUGUGGUUGUUUUUCUUGUAGAAUUUUUCAUUUACCAAAACUUGCACCCCCUUCUUAAGCAGGAGUUUGUGUUCAUCCAGGAUUGUGUGCCUCCCAGACGUGUGUGUGCGCGCGCCUUAAAGCCCCUCUUUGUCUUGGUAGUAAGGAAGAAGGUGUAGUGCUCUGAUGGGUGUUCAGUUUUGUGUAUUUGCCUUGCGGUGGUCUAAAGAGGUAGGGAAACUGAUGAAAAUAGUCUCCUCAGAAUAAGUACAUUCUUUAGCAGUAUUGUGCACCAAUCGGACGCUGCCAGAACGCAAGGAACAGCACGUUUUUGGUCCUGCAAACUAAUGAAGCCAAAUGUUUGUCAUCUACUGAGCGAGAGAAGGGAUGAAGAGGAAAGAGGUUUCCCCACAUCCAUGGCCCUUUUCAAAGGGAGUUUUACUUUGAUUCCAUUCAGGAAUCUUGUGUAUAUUUAUUACCUGGUACUUGUGCCAUUUGUUUGCCUUUCGUUGCCCCAUUGUGUUUACUCUUCAGUGUGCUGGUUGUAUGACCACAAACCUCUGGAAGUUUGUGACUCGGACACAACACACACUGGUGUUUAUGACUAUGCAAGUGGAUUCGUCUGUUUUCGUGUUGCUCUGGGAAUUGACCCGCCAUACUUAUUGAUGAGAUUGACACAUUGUUUCCCGUGUGACCUACAAUCUUACCAGCUCUUUUGUGUUUUAAUUGUCAUUGAAAUUGGACAUUUGGCAUUUCUAGCAGGGAGCGUCUUGCCUUCUGCUACAAAUGUGCGGUAUCAUUUCACUUAUAAUUUAUUUUCUUUACUUCCCUCAGUCUGAUAUUUUGGAGUAAAACUGGGCAACUCUGAUCCAAACUCUACUCUUCUUCCCUAUGAUUCAUCCAAAUAUGUACUCUACUGGUGUCUGCCACUGAGCCUCUGACACCAGUGUUUUUCAAAUCUAAUCGACCAAACACAUUUCUGAUUGAGAGAUAUGUUACACGAGCUUAGGUGAGAGUUGCCCACAUCGUCAAGAGUGAAUUGCAGUUAUGUCUAAGGUCUGUGUGGAUGGACUUGCCUGUGCUGUAACGUCCACUGUUGCGUCUCACCUUCCUGGUUUUAAACAACGGAGGAACUAGUUGGAGGGAAGCUACAUAGAGAGUCCUGGGACUGCUGUGUGUUCCAUGUUGGUGCAAUGUGACCUGCUGCUGAAAUACAGCGAAAGAUUUUUAAACUUGCAGCUGCUGUUAAGAGUACAGUAGUAAAUCCCCCCCCUCUCCUCAAUCCCCCUCCUGGUCACUAUGCAGGGGUCACUAGGAAACCUUUGCCCAGCUUUUUAUUUUUUCAACAUUUUAAUGUAAAUAUAUUUUUUCUAUUUUAUUUUUAAAUAAACGUUCCAA